UUUUUUUUAUGUAUUCUCUCGCUUUCUCACAACGCGGUCGAAUCGAGUUACAUUAAACCCAUGAACUCUCCCUAUCAUCGUCAGUAAGUACAAGGGGUUAACCCAUAUUUUAAAAAUUGAAAACUAAAUUUCCAAAUUGGUCACUCUAUUCAUCGGCUUAAACCCUAUUAUUAUCUCUCUCUCAACAUCAGCCCGUGAAGAUGUUCAGGAAGUUUUCAAAUGAAGAAGUGUCUGGACAAAAUCAAGUCAAGGCAUCUGUGCAGCGUAGAAUUCGUCAAAGCAUUGCGGAAGAGUAUCCAUUAUUAGAGCCAGUGUUGGAAGAUUUGCUUCCAAAGAAGUCUCCGCUCAUUGUUGCAAAAUGUCAAAAUCAUCUGAAUCUAGUUGUGGUAAACAAUGUACCCCUGUUUUUCAACAUACGUGAUGGACCUUAUAUGCCUACUUUACGUCUUCUACAUCAAUAUCCCAAUAUAAUGAAAAAACUACAAGUUGACAGGGGGGCAAUUAAAUUUGUCCUCUCUGGAGCCAACAUAAUGUGUCCGGGGCUUACUUCUCCUGGGGGUGCCUUGGAUGAGGAAGUGGGAGCAGAAACUCCUGUGGCUAUUAUGGCUGAAGGGAAGCAACAUGCUCUAGCUAUUGGGUUUACAAAGAUGUCGGCAAAAGAUAUAAAGGCAAUCAAUAAGGGAAUUGGUGUGGAUAACAUGCAUUAUCUUAAUGAUGGCCUCUGGAAGAUGCAGCGACUGGAUUGAGCUCGAAUAUAAAUCAAGGCCCAUCUUUUACUAGAUGGCAAUGUUUACCUGCUGCAAAUAGCCAGACUUGCUCAUCGUUAUGCAGCUUUUAUUUCGUUUCUCUAGAUGUUAGUGAUCAAGCUGAACAAAAUUUUCUUAAAUUUAGUGAUGGCGAGGCAAAUUUUCCAGGGGAUUUAUAUAAUUUAUGAUCAGUGUUUUGGAACUGUACUCCUAUUACCUCUGCCCGCAAUGUGCGGUACACCAACUUCAACCACAUUCAGAAUCAGUCGUCACUUCACAACCAUUACUAUCAACCACCACCAAAGUUGCCACUACAGCUAGUAUUUAAGUGUGUUUCAUCAUACAGAGUUUUUACAAGACCUUGUAAAAGUACGAUUUUCUCUGCUAUUUUGUUGAGUUUUAUCUUUAUUAAUUUUUAACGAAUAGAAAUUAUACA